AUGGCUCCAACGAUUGGCCACCCGUCCCUAUCAGCAGCCACAGGGCCCGCUUUGCGGCGAGAGGAUCAAACCAGAGAGUCGGGUAAGGAUAGCACAUUGGACAGCCGCAGCCCGUGGCUGGCAUUGAAAGCAACCGUGGAAGCAAAUGGCACGGAUUUCAUUUUGAAAAUGUUAGGCUGUGAAACUAGCAGAGACGAUUUGGUAUUUGAGGCUUAG